AUGACUAGGGUCCCGACACACGGAAACUACCAUGGGUACUACAACAAGCGACCGGCCACAAACGACCCGAGACUUGGACUCGUUCCUCGAGGUCUGUUUGUCGGGGCGCGUGUCCUCGACGUUGGCUGUAACGAAGGACUAGUGACCUGUGAGAUAGCGCAGAACCUCCACGCCAAACGUGUCAUCGGUGUGGAUAUUGACGACACGCUUGUCAGCGCUGCGUGGAAACACCGGCGAUCCGUCUGGAGCCAACAAGGACCCACGCAUCGAGAAGACACGCAGGAAGAUGUCAGGGAGUCGAGCACAUCUGAUAGUAGAAAACGACGGCGAAUAUCUAACUCGGAUACAGAAGCAGCCUUGUCCAGUCAAGGAGGACUGGCAAACUACUUCCCCGUUUCAUUCGAGCAUAUGUUCGGUCCCUUGCCAAUACCUGCAUCGGGGGCGAACAAGGAUGUCGCCGACAUCUUUCCGCACAACGUCACCUUCCGCACCGCCGACUGGGUGAAGGAAGGAAUCCCAGAAGAUGCGGAAGGUUACGAUGUCAUCGUUGCAUUCUCCAUCUCUAAAUGGAUCCAUCUCAAUGGCGGGGAUGAGGGCUUGCGGACUUUCUUCCGUCGUGUCCAUGAAGUACUAAACCCAGGGGGUACCUUCGUCCUUGAGCCGCAAGAAUGGGAUACGUACGGAAAAGCGAAGCGCAUGGAUUCACGGCUCAAAGAGAAUGCCAGACACUUACUGUUGCGACCAGAUGACUUCGGGCGUGUGCUGCAGGAGAUUGGCUUUGGACCAGCAGAGCACCUGGGGGAGGCAGGGGAAGGGGGAUUCCGACGCCCAAUAGACAUCUAUCGGAAGAUGCAGUGA